AAAGAGAGAGAGGCUGAGCCAGAUCUUCAUGCCACUGCAGGCAGCAGCAGCAGCAGCAAAACUUCUGAAGGUUUGCAGAAGACAGUAGGAGAACCAUCAAGAAGGCUACUGCAGUAUUGUCAAUUCCAGAAGUCUGGUACCAGGACUGCUACUUCAGCUUCCUCAUUGCUGCUGGUGGCUGAGCCUUAUCCCAAGACUGCUUGACUGUUGAAUGUGCAGAGAGUAUCAUUCUAAGGAAUAUUGUCUCCUUUGUGUUCGAGCACCUGCUACUAUGUGUCUGGAAUGCAUCCUUCUCUGAGGAGCUUUCAACCAGAUAGUCUGAGAGAUAGCAAGAUGAAGAACUGAAUAAAAGCGAAUUUACCUUAUAUAUGCCCUGACUCACCUGAGCUCAUCACAGAUGAGAUUCAAAGAUAAAAACCCUUCGUGGGAAUUUAUUAUUGCCAUUAUGUAUCAUUCUUUGUCUGAAACCAGUCACCCUUUGCAAACAGAGGAACAAGAAAUAGGCAUUGAUCCCUUGCAGAGUUAUUUGAACAAGCCAGAGGAAGGAGGAUCAAAUGAAAAUGGAAGCACGCACCACACCUCAGAUUCUGAUGGAACAUUUAUUUCUUAUAGUAAAGAAUGGGAAGAACUAUUUGUAAACAACAAUUACUUGGCAACUAUACGGCUGAAGGGGAUUAAUGGGCAGCUGAGAAGCAGCAGGUUCCGUAGUGUUUGCUGGAAGUUAUUUCUGGAGGUUCUACCCCAAGACAGAAGUCAAUGGAUUAAAACCACUUCAGACUUAAGAACUUCUUACAAUAAGAUCAAAGAAAUUCACAUUACAAACCCUCGGAAAGCAGGACAACAAGAUCUGAUAAUCAACAACCCACUCUCUCAGGACGAGGGGAGUCUUUGGAAUAAAUUUUUCCAGGAUAAAGAGCUUCGAGCAAUGAUUGAACAAGAUGUGACAAGAACCUUUCCUGAAAUGCAGUAUUUCCAGCAAGAGAAUGUGAGGAAAAUUCUUACAGAUGUUCUAUUCUGCUACGCCAGAGAAAAUGAGCAGUUGCUUUAUAAACAGGGUAUGCAUGAACUUUUAGCUCCCAUUGUCUUUAUCCUGCAUUGUGACCACCAGGCUUUUUCACAUGCCAGUGAGGCUGCACAACCAAGCGAGGAAAUGAAAGUUCUUUUGAAUCCUGAAUAUCUGGAACAUGAUGCCUAUGCCAUGUUCACACGUCUGAUGAAAACUGCAGAACAUUGGUUUUCAACUUUUGAACAUGACAGUCAGAAGGAUAAAGAAGUGAUUAUUACACCUAUGCCAUUUGCAAGGCCACAGGACUUAGGCCCAUCUAUUGCUAUUGUAGCAAAGGUAAACCAAAUUCAGGAUCAUCUGCUGAAGAAGCACGAUAUUGAGCUGUACAUGCAUCUGAACCGACUGGAAAUUGCUCCACAGAUUUAUGGACUGCGAUGGGUAAGGCUCCUGUUUGGACGUGAAUUCCCACUUCAGGACCUCCUGGUUGUCUGGGAUGCUCUGUUUGCUGACAGUAUCACCCUGAAUUUAGUUGACUACAUUUUUGUAGCCAUGUUGUUAUAUAUCAGAGAUGCCUUGAUUUCAAGUAAUUAUCAGACCUGUUUGGGACUUCUGUUGCAUUAUCCACCUAUUGGAGAUGUUCACUCCCUUAUCCUAAGAGCACUUUUUCUCCGAGAUCCAAAGAGAAAUCCAAGACCAGUGACUCACCAAUUCCAACAAAAUCUAGAUUAUUACAAAGCACGUGGAGCAGACUUGGUGAACAAGACCCGGGCUAGUGCUAAGGCUGCCCCACUGAACAUUAAUAAAGUCUCCAACAGCCUACUGAAUUUUGGCCGAAAGCUCAUAGCUCCGGCUAUGGCUUCAGGUGGGGCUGUGGGUGCUCCUGCUGGCGGGAGCAGUUUUCCUCCCUCUGCAAUGCCCAUCAGAAGCACAGCAGAAGCCCCCCAGCAUCACCACCACCAGCAGCACCACCACCAGCAGCACCACAACCAGGCCCAGCAGCAAAGGAUGCUGAAGUCCGAAAGCAUGCCAGUUCAGCUGGGCAAAGGCCAAAGCUCAAAAAACAUCAGCUCAUCCCCAAGCAUAGAGAGCUUGUGUGGAGGACGUGAAUUUACAGGAUCUCCACCCCUGUCUGCAUCAAAAAAGGAUUCCUUUUUCAGUACAAUCUCCCGCUCCCGUUCCCAAAGCAAAACUAUGAGCAGAAAAGAAUCGGAGGAGGAAUUGGAGGCCCAGAUUUCAUUUCUACAAGGACAACUAAACGACUUGGAAGCCAUGUGCAAAUAUUGUGCCAAGAUGAUGAACACACACCUUGGAAAUAUCCAGGAAGUCAUAUUACAAGAACGCCUGGAAAAAGAAGAUGAAAUUCUGGUUUCCUUGGCUGGUUUGAAGCAGAUCAAAGACAUUCUGAAGGGUUCCCUGCGUUUCAACCAGAGCCAGCUGGAAGCUGAAGAAAAUGAGCAAAUCACGAUAGCUGAUGAUCAUUACUGUUCCAACAGUCAGAACAAGGGGGCAGAUGAUGUCCUAAAGGGACCUGUUAUGACAAAGCAACAGUUAAUCUCGGGACAACAGACUACAACUGAUUCGAGUGUUAGUGAGAGCAAGAGUGCCGACGACUACAUUAUGGUUUCCAAAGAAGAGGAAGGCAGUACAAGUGCUGUCCUGGAGCCAGUGCAGUCCCAUCAGGCACACAAGGAGGCAGAAGUGAAGCCAGAAGCUCCGUCUCGUUCUUCUUUGAUAUUUUCUGACCCACUGAUGGGCUCCAUUUCAGCUUCCUCCAGCAACCUGAGCUCCAGCCCUGAUGAUGACAGUAGUAAUAACAGCAAAGAUUCUGACUUUGCUAUUGUCAGCCCACUGGACAUCUAAAAAAACAGGUUGGGAGAGUUUGGGAGGUUGGUCGUUACACCUUAGCUCAAAUUGCUAUGAUUCCAUGGGCUGGAUAGUUCUUUGGAUUAGAAGGACAGAAAAUAGGUAGAGGUAACCCAUUUCAUCUGCCAAAAAUCUAAAUAAAAUUUUUAAAAAUGAAAAAAAUUUAAAAAAAAGAAAGAAAAAAAGACAAAAAAAACCACCUGAAUUUGCAAAUCUUCUAAUAAAAUAGACACCUUAUAAUAACUGCCUUAAAUAAAGACCCAGUAGAACCCAGUUCUAAUAGACAGUUAUUCUUAGUUAUAGAGUUAUCUUACUUAGGAGCUUUAUUACCAUAGAGCUGUUUCUUUCCCAAAACAUAGAAUAGUAUGUGCUAGGUACCAUAAUGGAUUAAGAAAUGUGUAGAUACUUGGCAUCAGACCUGAAGCAGCAAAAACAAGCUAGAUUUAGUAUUGUCCUUUUACAAAAUAUGCUCAGCUGGGUUUUCUGAGUAGGAAAGGAUGCUGUUUCUUCAGAGACUGUGAUUAGAGAAGUAGGGAAUGUAUGUCAGAAGGAUUAAAAGCAUCAUCCUGGCAGUAAGCUUGUUCUCAGUUGAGGAAUCCUAGUUUCUUCAUUUUCAUCUGGCAGUAGCCUGAGGUGUGUUCGAGGCAGAGGUUUGUGUAGUUGCUCCUCAGUGCUGUCUUGCAGGAGAAUGUGUGACAAAUUCCUUGAGAACGGGGACCUAUACAACGGAGCCUUAUUUCCUUUUGCCUACUUUCCCGCCCUCCCUCCCCCUCCCUCCUUGAGAGUUCCCAGUUCACCUCUUUCCCUCUUUAUAUCUGUCUACCUUUACUCUCCCCAUCAUUUUUAUUUUACUGAGAUUACCACGGCUAAAACAGUAGGUGCAAGGGAAAUUACAGUAUUUCAUAGGGUAGACCUGAGCCAGUUGAACUAAAACUAGCUUGGGUAUGAUAACUUACCAGGGAAGGGUGCAAAGUGAAAUUAAUUGUUCACAAUUAAAAGCACUUUAUGUCUGAUUCCUAUUAUCUUCUAUACUCUGUUUACAUAUAUUCCUAUACAAUUUCCGCAUUUCUAGUAAAGAAAAACAUCAUGGUGCAGCAGCGUUAACCAACAGACAUUUUCUAAUUCAUUCUAGAACUUGUUACUCUAUGGAAAAGUGUAUUUCUUUCCCAUCAAGUACAUAGUACAACCAGUAACAGCUUUUUUCAAGUAGAUGCAGGGGGAUCAGGACUUACUGAUCCCUUUAAACUCUUGAAAUUCACUAAAAUAAACUGGUGGCAAGUGGGCGCCUGGUCUUGUGGGACCUAAACAGAACCAGCUUGAGGAAGGAAUGCUACAAAGUCACUCUAACAGCCAAAAAUAGCAUUUUUUACUUUUAAGAUACACAUUAUACCAUGCAACAACUUCAUAAUUGCAUGGCAAAGCUUGUGUUCGUAUGGAGUGAAGAAAUUGUAGUUAUUUGCUGCUUAGUCUAUAAUUGUAAAUGAGUUAAGUACCGUAUUCCAAAGAUGAGGUGACAUGUAGUUUGCUGGUCUUAGAUUUUACAAGGUCUGUGUCAGUGACUGUAAUGAAGAGAUAAUUGUCAUGUAAUUACGUGGUAGCUGGUGUAUCCUUACACACUCAAAAGCCACCGUGUAGUUCUUCUGAGAUAAUUUGUGCCUUGUAAAAUAAUAAAAUGAUAGAGUGUUAUGAGCAGGUCUGUGUGACCUAGCCCACAUGAACAGUCAGAUGACUGUUUAGAUGAAAGAUCUUACAUGCCUAACAUUUUGGAGAGGUGUUUAUUUUGGUUUGAUUUUAAGCUUCAUAGAAAAUAACCUUGGAAUUCAGCAUGCAUGCCUGUCCUCACAUUUAUUUUAUUUCCCUGAGUUUGCAUGAAUGCCAGGGGAUUAGGUGGCUGUUGAUCUAUUUAGGUCUUGGAAGCUUUUCUAUCCUUAACCCAUUCAGCAGGACUUGUGCCACACCACCAACAAAGGGGAAUUUGUUCAAGAAGUACCUAUGGAAAGAAAUACUCUGGGGACAGAGAGAAAAGUUUUAUGUUCUGUGAUACAUAAGCCUUCAAAGAUACCAGUACUUUGACAGGGAAAAAUGUUUUUACUUCUUUUUUUUUAUUUUUUUAAGCAUCAGUCUUUUGAUUUCUGUUCUGGUUGGUUGUUUCAGGGAUCACAUUGCUGUUUUCUUGAACAGUCUCAUUGCCAAUGGAAGAGUGUGAUUUGUACAGUUCUUUUAUUUUUUGUAAAUUACUUGUAUCUUUAAUAUUGCAUAUUUUAAAACAGCACUAAAAGUAUACAAAGAUUUUGGGAGUUUCUAACAAUUUUUCACAAAUCAGUGAAUACCGCCGAGCUGAAUGUCUGUCAUGCCAGAGGAUAUGAUAAAAAUCUUCAGAAGCAGCAAUAUGAUUAUACAAGUAAGAUCAGAGCGAAUUCCAGUAAAUUAACCUUCUUUGGUUAUACCAAGUCCUUCCACAUCUCAAGUAUGAUACUUGAUCAGAGUGUGGAAGUAGUUAAAAUUUUGUAUAUUCGUGAAGUCAUCAACUUGUAAGUUAGACAAAAGGUCAGGUCAUCACCCUGUCUUGCCUUAUGUUAAGAAUAUACUGAGAAAGAAAUUGUCAUUUGAAAUACAAGAUUAUUCUUCUCUCCCCCCAAAGAUGACCUGCUCGUAAUGUUUUUGGAUAACAAGAAUCAGGUGGAAAAAUUACAUGCAUUUCAAAUUACUGAAGAAAACUAAUAUGGGGUUAAGAUUAUGUAUCUGAGACUGUUGUAUUCUAUUUUGCAUCUGUAAUUUUUGACUGUUGGAAGUCUCUUGCAUGUCAUGUCAUUUGUAUGUACUGCAGAAAAGCAGUAUCAUAUUUUGACUGGGUAUUCAUUUAGUCGUGGAACUUUGUAUCUUUACUCUGGAAGAACAUCUAGCCCACUUUAUUAAAGGAAGAAUUAACAAAUUUU